AUUGGAAAUAGACAUACAUUUGGAUUUUAGUUCCGAAAUUGUAAUGGCCGAAACGGUGCCACAAUUUUCUUAGCCUUUCCAUUAUCUUAGCUAUAUCACUUUAGUUUCAAAAUUUCAUGUUAACAUUUCGAUAUCAAAAUUAACCAUAUUCCAAAUUAAGCUAAGUAAAGAUGUUAAAACGGGCCUCAUUGGCACUGAGCCGCUUUCCGCUGGCUUACUGCCGCACUUCGGGCGGACGGACACGGGUAACAAGGAGUAUCCGGACUUUAGCCAAGAUUGACUGGCGCUGGAAAGCAGUUAAAAAAUCGGAUGCGGAUAACCAAAAGCUGCUAAAGCUGCGAAGCGAUUUAAUAUGUCAGGCAGAUGUCAGCUCGAAACCAGAUUGCUUGCCUGACAUUCGUCCUGGGAAGACUGCAGUUAAGCAGGGCGAAGGCCAUUCGGAGGGGAACGAACGCGUGCAGGAGCUCGAAGGCUCGGUCGACGUUCAUCCAGAGCGAAGGCCGUUCCCGGGAGAUCUGCGCUUGGAGCAAAGAUUCCUGGAAGAAGAGAUACCCGGUUUUGAGCUGAUGAAUCACAAAAGCCUUCGAGAAACAGCCAGCCAUGGCGGAACGUGCAAGUCCAGCAACAAAAAAGGCCAUGGAAAGGGUAAGAAAGGUGGCAGGCGGUGUAUGGCAAGUGGGGGCGGGAAAAAAGGCGGCGAUGGCGACGAUAAGGAGCUGAAUGCAUUUUGCGACGCCAUCGAAAAGAAAAAGCAGGAAAAGUUCGCCGAGGAUUGCAAGACAACAGCCUUGAAGGAAAAAUGCAAAAAAGAUGCCCAAAUAAGGAGGUGCAAGGAAAUGGCCUUGGCGGAAGAGUGCCGGAAAUAUAAUUUCGCUAAGAAUUGUCUCAAAUGCAUAAAGUUGGCAAGGGGUGAAAAGGAGGAAAAAAAAGAUGAACAAGAUGAAAAGGAGGAGAAAGAGAAAAAAGAUAAGGACGAUGAAAAAGACGAAAAUGAUGAGGAUAACGAUGAAAAGUGUAAGGAAAAAAAAAAGGAAUUAUCCGAGGACGAGCAAAUAGCCAAGCUUAACAAACAGUGCCAGGAAAUGGCUGACCGCCUCGAAUGUGAGAAGCGGGCCAAGAUCGAGGCCAUAAAACAGGCUUGCCGGCUCCAGGAGAUUCGCGAGGCUUGCGAGAAAUUCGAAAGGGAGGAGAAGAAACGACUGGAAGAGGAGGAAAAGAGGCGAGCUGAAGAGGAGGAGCGUCGCCGGGCCGAAGAGGCAGCUAACAAGCAGCCCAAACUAUCCGAGGAAGAGAUUAAAGAAGAGUGGAGAAAAAUGGAGGCUGAGGCCAUGUGCAAGGCCAGGGAGGUCCAAAAGGUACUCCAGGAGGCUGCCGAGCGGGCCAGGGUCCGAAAGGCUAUACUGAAGUGCCAGGAGAUAGAAGCCAUGGAGGAGUGCCGCUUGGCAGCCGAAAGGGCCGAAGCCGCCAGGCAACAGGCCGAAUGCGAAAAGGCGGCUGCUGCGGCUGCCGAUAAGGACGCAGCCGAAAGAGCUGCCAAGGAGGCUGCCGAGCGGAAAAAGUGCGAGGAGCUGGCCGAGGAGGCCAUGUGCCUGGCCUACAGCGAAAAGAUCGAGGCCGAAAAGAGAGCCCGGCGAAAGGCACAGUACGCCAAGGAGGACCAAGAAUACGAUCAAGAAGUCGCCCUCGACCCUUGUGCCCAAAAGCGCCUCUCGAAGUUGUGCAAAAAGUUUGCUCAAGAAGACGCAUGCGAAAAGCUGGCCAACAAGGAUCCUUGCGCCGAGGAAGAAGAGAGACGGGCUGACAAAAAGUGCAUGGAACUUGCGCUAGAACAGCAGUGCGAAAAGUUAAAAAGGGACGCCUUGUGCCGGAAGCUAGAAAAAAAGUAUAACAUCACGCCAAAACCGCUAGUGGCUCCAUCUUCCAAUGAGAAAGGUGAAAAGCCUGCCCCCGGAAAGGAAGUCAAAAAGACCGCUGCCCAAAAAAUGAAAGAGGCUAUCGUGGCCAAAUGCAAACUAAUGGCCAGAAGGAAAUUAAAAUCAAAGAAAAAGAAGGCAGAUGCUCUGAAGAAACGGUGCAAGAAAAUGGCCGCUAUACAAAAAUGCAAAUGCGACAGGCUUAAGAGAAGGAAGGAACGACUCGAGAAAUAUUGCAAGAAAAUGCGCGAGGAAAAGGCCAAAUCCAGGACCAAUCCGAAAUAAUAAAAAACGGCCAAUUAUCCUGGUUACCCCAAUUUUGGUCCCAACAUAAUAAGGGAAACUCGAAUCAACUUUCUCACAAUCAAGUCGCACAUUUUAAUAUCCGUUGAGUUCUCCCAUUUUAAACAAAGCCAUGGGCCCUUCAAAGCCUUCAAAUUUUGUGGCCCCGUAACAACUUUGCUUUCUUCAGUGUGUUUUAUUACGAGAAGUGUCGUAUAUUGGUUUUAGGCACUAUUGCUGGCAUAUUCAAAAUUUUAAAAUAAACAUUUUUGAGCACAGAAUUUGAUAUAACCAAAUACUAUUUUAAAAUUAGCCUAA